CGCCGGUCUGCGCCGGCGCACUCUCCAGCCCCGCUGGCAGUGCACCAAUGGCGGCCGACGGCGGCGACGGCCAAGGAGGCUUCGUGCUGGGCAUCGACCUGGGCACCUCGUCCGUGAAGGCGGUGCUGCUGGAUGCCGGGCGCCGACGGGGGCCGCCGGUGGCCACGGCCAGCGCCAGCCGGGCCACGCGUGCAGACGUGACCCCCAGCCCCGAAGCUGGGCUGCAGGGCCGGGAGCAGGACGUGGGCAGGAUCGUGCAGGCCGUGGGCGAGUGCCUCGAGGCCCUCCCUGCGUGGCAGCGGCGCCAGGUCCUCCGCGUGGGCGUCUCGGGCCAGAUGCACGGGGUCGUGUUCUGGCAGGGCGGCCAAGCCGCCACUUGGACGGAGAAGGGCGUCCUGGAGCCCCAAAACGUCAGCCGCCUCAUCACGUGGCAGGACGGCCGCUGCAGCCCCGACUUCCUGGCCUCCCUCCCCCCGCCCGAGUCCCACCUGAGCCUGGCCACGGGCUUCGGCUCGGCCUCCAUCUUCUGGCUCCUGCGCCACAGCCCGGAGUUCCUGGAGUCCUACAGCGCGGCGGGCACCGUCCAGGACUACCUGGUGGCUGCGCUGUGCGGCCUGCGGAGGCCCCUCAUGUCGGAGCACAACGCGGCCAGCUGGGGCUACUUCAACACGGAGAGCAGAAGCUGGAAUUCCCGCCUCCUGGAGGAGGCCGGCUUCCCCACCCGCCUGCUCCCCGACGUGGCCGAGGCGGGUGCCUUGGCCGGGAGGACGACCCACGUGUGGUUCGGCAUCCCCGCCGGGACGGAGGUCGGCGUGGCAUUGGGGGACCUGCAGUGCUCCGUGUUCUCCUGCGCGACCCGGAAGACUGACGCAGUUCUCAACAUCAGCACGUCGGUGCAGCUGGCGGCGCCCAUGCCUCGGGGGUUCAAGCCUGCGGCCAGCCCGGACCCCGCGGCCCCCGUGGCCCACUUCCCGUACUUCGGGGGCACCUACCUGGCCGUGGCCGCGUCCCUCAACGGCGGUAAUGUGCUGGCCACCUUCGUUGCCACGCUGGCCCACUGGAUGGCAGAGCUGGGCUCGGAGGUGCCCGAGAGCCUCGUCUACCCGCGGAUGAUCCGGGCGGCCCUGGCGCAGGCGGACACGCAGCUGUCCAUCAGGCCGACCCUCCUGGGCGAGCGGCACCUGCCCGGCGAGCUGGCGUCCGUGAGCGGCAUCGGGCCCGGCCGGCUGUCCCUGGGCCACGUGACCAGGGCGCUGUGCCGCGGCGUGGUGGACAACGUGCUCCGCAUGCUGCCGGGCCGGCGCCUGGCCGAGUGGGGCGUGGAGCGGCUGGUGGGCAGCGGCAGCGCCCUGGCCCGGAACGAGGUGCUGCGCCAGGAGGUGGAGCGCGCCUUCCCGCUGCCCGUGUGCUACGGCCGCGACGUGGACGCCGCGGGGGGGGCCGCCCUGCUCAUGCUGCGGGGGGGCCCCGGGGACGCCGAGUGACGGCGGGGGGGGGGCCGUGACUUGUGGCCAUUAAAGGGGCUGCUGCCGCGGCCGGCCGUGU